AUGGAGGAAGAUGAGGACACGGUGAUGCGGGAUCCUGGAUCUCUAGCAAAUAUUCCUCCUGCUGCUCCAGACCAUCCUUCUACAGCAGCUACUGAGCAAUCACAUCUCUCCAACAAUACUACCACUACAGACAUCCCCUCCUCUCAUGCUGCUACUUCCAUAGCUAACAACGAGGGUCUGUUUGGAAUGCCGAAAUCCUCUUCCAGCUUGCUGUCACCACCACCACCACCACCACCACCUUUCCUCAAGCCAUCAUCAGCAAGCUACAAUGGGAACUCCUCGCAUAGCUCCACAGAAAUCCCAGGGUUGACCAAGUCCAUCGAGGACGAGGGGCUGCACCUGAUGGUCAAGUCCAGCGAGGAAUCCGACAGUCUCAUGGAAGAAAGCUCGGACUGGUCCGUUGACAACGACGCAGCUAUGUCUGUCGGGUUGCCAGUCGCGUCUUUGGCGACGGGGCUUUGCUACGAUAUCCGAAUGCGCUAUCAUUGCGAGGUGCGCCCUGCUGCUGAUGUGCAUCCGGAGGAUCCUCGUCGCAUCUACUAUAUUUACAAGGAGAUCUGCCGCGCGGGUCUUGUGGAAGAUCCGGAGAUUGUCGACACGCCUAAGCUGCUUGCUCCGAUUCCGCUGAAGCGGAUUGAUGUUCGGAAUGCGACGAGAGAGGAGGUAGAGCUGGUUCAUACUGUUGAGCAUUAUCAGUUUGUGGCGGAUACUCAGAACCUCCCUGAUGAAACUUUGAUCAUGCUGGAGGAAUCUCGCGAUUCUAUCUACUUCAAUCGACUGACCUUUGCCUCGGCGCUUUUGUCGGCGGGCGGCGCUAUUGAGACGUGUUUGGCCGUGGCUACGCGAAAGGUCAAGAAUGCCAUUGCCGUCAUUCGGCCACCUGGACACCAUGCUGAGCAUGACCAGACUAUGGGAUUCUGUCUGUUCAAUAAUGUGUCGAUUGCUGCUAAAGUUUGCCAGCGGAUGUCCAUCAUGCUAAAGGUUCAACCAGGAAACGGAAUCCAAAAGGCAUUUUACGACGACCCGAAUGUCCUGUAUAUUUCCAUCCACGUUUAUGCCGAUGGGAAAUUCUAUCCCGGUGGCCAAGAAGGCAAUUGGGACCAUGUUGGCGAAGGGGCUGGUCUGGGGAAAAACAUCAACAUUCCAUGGCCAUCGCAGGGCAUGGGAGAUGGCGAUUACAUGUUUGCCUUUCAGCAGCUUGUCAUGCCGAUUGCCACUGAAUUUGACCCUGAUUUGGUGAUUGUGGCCUCAGGAUUUGACGCUGCGGCUGGCGAUGAGCUUGGAGGCUGCUUUGUUACGCCCAGCUGUUACGCUCACAUGACCCAUAUGCUCAUGACGCUGGCUAAUGGGAAGGUGGCUGUUUGCUUGGAGGGUGGCUAUAAUUUCCGUUCUAUUUCCAAGUCUGCUCUGGCAGUCACAAAAACUCUUAUGGGAGAGCCUCCCGCGCGACUACUGGCCACGACUCCAUCCAACGCAGCGGUGCAGCUUGUACGAAACGUCAUGACUGCCCAGUCCAAGUAUUGGCGGUGCAUGUACCCCAAGAUUCCAGCGCAAGAGGGGCUGUUCACAGACAGACUGCAUGAUGUCAUUCGUCAAUACCAGGCUAAACAGCUGUAUGAUAACUUUAAGCUUACUAGUCUUUGGAUCUAUCGCUCUUCAAUCUCAAAAUCUUUCGAGAACCAAGUCCUGGCUAGUCCCAACUACGACAAGACGGUACCUUUAAUUGUGAUUUUCCAUGACCCACCUGAUCUCAUGGGCGUAUAUCAUCCAAUCACGAAUAAAUUGGAGGCGCAUAACUGUUGGAUGGCGGAUGUGGUCAAGGACUAUAUUGCUUGGGCGAAUCAGCACAACUUUGCCAUUAUCGAUGUCAAUAUCCCCAAGCACGUAACAUCAGAGGCGAACGCCGGUAAAUACGAGGAGGAUGAUGAGGAUCGACCGAACCAGACUGAGGAGUUGGCUGGGUACCUGUGGGACAAUUACAUUGAGCCAAACGAAGCCACCCAUGUCUUUUUCCUUGGCAUUGGUGAUGCGUUUUAUGGAGUGGCCAAUCUUCUUAUCAACCGAGAUAGCAUCUAUCAGCGCGUCAACAGCGUGAUUUCUUUCGUCGCUGAGAACCCAGUCCGGGCUGUGGCAUCGACGACACAGACAUGGCUCUCGAGGUGGUACAAAGAUAACUCGCUAGUCUUCGUCUCCUACGCUCACGGUGUAUGGCACAAUACGGAGAACCGCCGGAAGCCAUCGAAGCGAUACGGCCGAUUGCUGCGGUCUCCCAAGGCGGGACUCAACGAAAUGCUACUUCACCACAAAAAGGAGGUAUACACAUGGAUUGAGCAGCGGGUUAAUAUCCUCACGGGCGACGAGACGGAGGAGGAAGAGAACCUGCCGAAGACUGAAGCUGAAGCUCAGUAG